CUUCGAGCACCAUCAGAAUCAGAGAAACAACCUACUUUAGUGCCUCAGGCUUCAACUCCCGUGUGCCAAAGUGGUCAUUCUUUUAUCCCCAGUUCUUUUGCAGUACCAUCACAGCCAGAAUUUUCCCAUGAUAUGUUUAUACCGACACCAAGCUUUGAAGAGACUUCAUCGAAAGAGCUGUCAAACGCCUCAAAAUUCCAAAAGGAGCCAGAAGAUUCCAAAGCUCGAGAAUUAAUGCCAGAACUUACUACGCAGGAUGCAAGAAGUUCCCAGGCAGGUGAACAAGAGUUGUGCAAUUUACAAUUGUCUACAAGCAACCCAAGUGAACUAAUGGAAACAGACUCUGAAACUACAAAAGAUGAUGAGAGUGGAGCGACACAAAUAGAGGAGAUGGAACAAAACUGCCAGUUGCCUGUUGCAAAUGAAUCAUCUGCACCAAAUUUGCAUCUACAUGAGGACAAUGCCACAGUGUGUGGGGAAGUAAGUGUAGCAAUGUCAAAUGAUAGUGACAAAUACACCACAAUUUCUCCAGCUCCUGAAUGUGAAAAAGACAAUAUUGAUUGUAUUGAUCUUACAAAUGAUUCUGGAAGUCAGCCCAUGUUAGGCCCUUCAUUAAAUUCUGAGUCAUUAAGUAUUUUGGAUCAAAAUACAACUGAAAUGAAAUUAGGUUUUGCUGUUGAAGGUCUGUCAGAUAAUGUGUGCUCAAUUGAAGAAGUUCCUGAAACUCAGAAAUAUGUUGAAAGUAAUUUAACACCAGAGAAGCAUUUCAGUGAAGAAGGGUCUAAUUUAAAACUUACAUUGUCAGAGACACAAACUCAGCAAUCUCUUUUUGAGGUCCCCAAUAAAUUAGCAACAGAGGAUGAACCAAUGGAAGUAGAUGUAAUCCCAGUUUCUGAAGUUAUUGAAGCAGGCACUUCUUGUAAGGAGAAUCAAAAGCUUCAAUUACUUCACCCAAGAAAUCAAGGCGAGGACAUUUCUAAAGUGCCAAGGGACACUGAAAUUGCUAUUAAUGAACAACAGAUAAAAAAAACUUCACUAAUAUUAACUGAUUUUUCGUUACAAUCUGCUGCAGUAGAAUGUGAAAAAUCUCCAGUUGUGCAACUGAAAGAAUUAGAAUUUGAAUCAGUUCAUCAAUCAAAUAAUGCAGGGGCUAAUCAGAGCACUGUGCAAAAGUGCAUAAUGAAUGAAUUAAAAAUUAAUGUAAAAGAGCACCUCGAAUGUCUUGUUCCGACAGAAAGUGAUUGUAAUAAACCAAUAAUUCCAGAAGUUCAGGAACACAUUCCUGUCCCAUCUGAUGAACGUUUGCUUCAAGUAUCAAAGGAAUCACUGGUGUGUAAUAUAGGUGACACCAGAGAUGAAACAAGUGUAAAGGAGCAAGAGCAGCAGAUAGCACCCAGAAAAGAAACCAACCAUGCUUCUCUACCUCUAGGUGACCAGUAUGAUGUGACCAUUAUGCAGAAAGAAACCAAUCUGCUUUCCGUGCCUCAUGAAAAUAAAGAAUGUGUUCUAAAUAAAACCAAGGAAAGAACAGCCUCUCCUAAGAUGGAAGAUGAUUUAUCUGUAAGCCUGACUGACAACAAACCACAUCAAAUGCCCUUGGAAAAACAAAAUGAUGGGCAAACUAUACAGGCGGAGAACAAAAUUCAGGCUGUGCUGUCUGCUGCUGAUGAUAUAGUUCAGAAAAUGAAAUCUAAUCCACCAGAAAACACAAAAACAAAUGUUCUGGAUAGUAUUCAGUCUGAAGAGCAGCAUAACCUAACAAUAGUCAAGAAAGCUGAGAAUAUGGUAUUGUGUGUAGAGGAGGCCCAGCAGCUUUCACCAAGUGCAAGUGAUGAGUUAGAAAAGAAAAAACAAAUGGAGCCUCCAGUGUUUGGGAGGUGCUUGAAUGAAGGGUCAAAAACUGAGGAAAAAAAGCCGUGUGAGAAGUUGGUACAAGCUAGAAGCAAAAGAGAUGCUGAUAUUCUGCAGGAAAGUAAACCAAAAACAUCCAAAGGGCUAGAAAUACCGGUUACAAAUGUAGAGCAUCAGCAGAAAAUACUAGAACAAAAUAAAGCAAUGCGGCAAAAUGAUGACCUCCUGAUAAAACCAGAGGUGGGGCAUGAUGUCUCUGAAACAGCUCAUCAGGUGUCUAGUAAUGAAGCAGCCGAUGUCUCUGAUGGUGCAUGUGAAGUACAAGUACAUGCAACAGAUAAAGAAGUGCAGGAAAAAACAAGUGAACAGUCUGCACGUAGUUUAUGUGAGAACUCCAGUGAAACACCAUUUCAUUUUACUCUACCGAAAGAAGGGGACUUAAUUCAACCAAUAAACAGUGUUACUCCACCUAUGAUUGGUCAGUUAAAGAGAGGACCCCGAAGGCACAGUACUCCAAUUGUAGUUGGAGAGUGCCCUGAUAGCACUCUAGCAACCAGCGAUGUUACUGCUGAAAACACUGGGGCUGAUGAUGUCACGGUAGAAAGUGCCAUGGUAACAACAGAUGUGUCUGAUGAAAGUGAGAAGGGAGACUCUGGGUCUGCAAUCAGUACCGAUGGCAAACUGUGUCUAAGAAUGAAACUUAUCACACCUAUUAAUGAAGAAAGUGAAUGUGCUUCAGCUUUCAAUCUUGAAAAGCCUGAUGUAGGAGAAAAGACGCAUGGAGCACCUACUGUUGCUGCAGAUGUCGCCAGCAAAGAAACUUCCACAUCUGUGUUUGUUCGUGUAUGUGAAGUCCGUCGGGAAGAAGAAGCCAAAGGUCACACACUACCCACCACCCCUGUCAGCAGGGGAAGCCCAUUCCAAUUUCUGUGCUCUGAAAAAGAUGAGGAGCCAAUGUCUAUUUGUGCAACUGAGCAGCAUGUUACAGAAACGUGUAAGCAGAACACAGACUCUCAAAAAACCUCAGCAAGAGAAAACUAUUCCGACUUGUCUUGCAGUCAGCAUGAGGAUCCUAUGGAAAUAGAAGAUUCCCACGAGAGAGAAUGCAGCAUUGAACAAGAUGAUAGAAACAAUGUUAAACAAUCAGGUGAUCCAGUCUCAACUCUGCUAAUAAACGAGGAUGACCAUGUACCUCUAGGUCAUAAAAACAAAGAAGUUCAAACUAUCUCUGUUGAAGAGCCUGCAAUCGCAGUUAUAUCUUCAGCUACUCAAACAGACUUGGAAUCUGCUGCCCAGCCUGUAAAGAAUAAUGCUUGUAGUGGCCAGAAGAACCCGAAACUGGAUAACUGCAAGCAAACUGAGAAAGACCAGGAGAAACCAGAUUCUGUGCCAAAACAUUUGCCUGGAGAUGACACAGAAUCCGUGAACAGCCAGGGGGAGGAGGAGUUUGAGUUAAAUCGCCCCACUCCUGGACGUCGUCUUCAUCGGCAUGUGCGAACAAUCCGUGAAGUGCGUACUGUAGUCACUCGAGUCAUAACAGAUGUGUAUUAUGUUGAUGGAGCUGAGGUGGAGCGCAAAGUGGUAGAGGAAGCUGAAGAUCCCAUAAUAGAAUGUCAUGAAUAUGAGAACGAUGUUUCACCUUCCAGAACUGGUGCAUCAUCUAUUACAUCUGGGGAUCUUGCAGACAUUAGUUCCUUUUCUUCAAAGACUUCCAGCCUACAGCGUACUUCUAGUGGCGCCAGCAGCGGUAUGUCUGCAGCACAGAGUAUAAGUGGUGGUAGCUCAGAAAGAUCAAAGCCAUCAUCUGGUCAUAGAGGAAAGUGUACUCUGUCAGAGUCAGAAUUUGCUGUUCCCAGUGGGCGUGGGCUACUUGGAAAAUUAAGUCCUAGGAAAGGGGCCUGCCAGCUAGGGUCUCCACUUCGAUCAGGAGAACUAACUGGGGUGCAAGUGAGUGAAGACGAGACAGACUCAUCACUUGCCAGUAGACCGGGGACCAAAGCACCCCUUACACCUCGUGGAAGAGGGAGAAGGGGGCGUCCUCCUUCUCGAACUGCAAGGGAAACUUCUUCAGCUGUACAGACAAAUGUUGAUGAUCCUGUAGCUGCUGUCAUUCCUGAUGAGGAACAGUUUACACGCAUUAAUCCUCACAUUUCAGAAGGCACAGAUAAAUCUGAUCCUGGAACCCCUACAUUACAUAGAAGUAACUCCCCAGAAAUCCCUUUACAGUCAGUAAAGGGUGAUGGUUUUAACUCCUCACCAACCAGUAGUUUUGUUGGACUUAGAGUUGUAGCCAAAUGGUCAUCCAAUGGUUAUUUUUAUUCAGGCACAAUUACUCAAGAUAUUGGAGGAGGGAAAUAUAAGCUGCUAUUUGAUGAUGGAUAUGAGUGUGAUGUUCUGGGAAAAGACAUUUUAUUAUGUGAUCCUAUUCCACUUGAAACAGAAGUGACUGCCCUCUCUGAAGAUGAGUAUUUUAGUGCAGGAGUGGUAAAGGCACACAAGAAAGAUUCAGGUGAAUUAUAUUACUGCAUUGAGAAGGAAGGCCAAAGGAAGUGGUACAAGAGGAUGGCUGUUAUCUUAUCCCUUGAACAAGGGAACAAGCUUCGAGAACAGUUUGGUCUUGGUCCAUAUGAACCAUUAACACCUCUUACUAAGGCAUCAGAUAUCAGUCUAGAUAAUUUGGUGGAGGGAAAACGUAAACGAAGGAGUAAUCUGAGUACUGCAAACACCCCUACUUCAUCCAGCACAUCCAGCUCAGGAACACCAACUAGAAAAGUGUCUGAAACGCCUCGCAGCAGCUUGGGUCCCCUCUCUGGAAAAAGGAAGCUGAUCAGCUCAGAUGAAGAGAAGUCCCCAGCAAAACGUGGGCGGAAAUCUGUUGUGAUGAAGUCCAGUGGAACAAAAGGCAGCGAUUUUAUGAGCCCCAGUGACAGUGGAAAUGCAAGUGAUCAGCUGGCAUUAGAGGAAAGCCAUGGGCCUAUACCACAGAACAAGACACUCUUUCUAGGCUAUGCUUUUCUUCUUACUACAGCCACAUCCAGUGAUAAACUAAAUAAUCGAGUGAAACCCUUAGCUGUCAGCAGUGAAGAGGAUGAAGAAUACAUAGAAAGUAUGCCUUACAAUAGGCAAUACACUGAGGCACAACUUCGGGCAGGAGGUGGCUACAUUUUGGAAAACUUUAAUGAAGCACAGUGUAAAGCAGCAUACCAGUGCCUCCUUAUUGCUGAUCAGCACUGCCGGACCCGAAAGUAUUUCUUGUGCCUUGCAAGUGGGAUCCCUUGUGUGUCUCAUGUCUGGGUCCAUGAUAGCUGUCACGCUAAUGAGUUGCAAAGCUUCAAAAAUUAUUUGCUACCUGCUGGAUACAGUUUUCAAGAAGAGAGAAUUCUAGAAUGGCAUGAAUCUCAGCAUUCUUUCCAGGGUUUGCGUUUCCUUGUAGUCUCAGACCAGCAGGAGAACUUUUUGGAAAUGUGGGCUGAGAUCCUAAUGACAGGAGGAGCAGCAACUGUAAAGCAGCACAAUUCUUCAGAUAUUAACAAAGAUGUUGCGUUGGGUGUUUUUGAUGUCGUCAUCACAGAUCGUUCAUGUCCCCAAUCCAUCGUAAAAUGUGCACAAGCUUUGAAUCUUCCAGUCAUUUCUCAAGAGUGGAUUAUUCAGUGUCUCAUCACUGGGAAAAAAGUUGGCUACCAUACACACCCAAAAUACAAAUAUGAUUAUGUUUCUAGCUAAGACAUCUAUGUUCUAAAAUCAACUUCCUUUUUUUAUCUGCCUUCCCAUCUUUGCUGCUCUUUUGCAUUGUGUAUAUUGUGUUUUAUUGAUAUUUUAGAUAGUUUUAAAUGUUUGUGUUUACAUGUGCAUGUGCCCACUGUACAUAGUUUUAUCCGUGGAAUUUUAUGAGAAAAUAAAUGUGAAUCUCCUUGUUUUAAUGAUA